AUGUGAAAGCUUAAUGAAUUUGCUGAAUUUGCUAAAAAUAGUGGCAUUUUAUAUAAUCAAAAAAGGCAAUUUGUGCGCUGCAAAGAGAGUAUCAACUCCUACAUAAUAUCGUAUAAGCUUAAAUUCAAAAACAACAUCCUUAUAAAGGUUUCAUUAAAAGAAGUGAAAUUCUUUAAAUUGACAUCUUUCCCAAAGUCUUUAGUUUCUAAAGCCUUAAAACAUACAGGAGAUUAUUUUAUAUAUAAAUCAGCAUCAAAUUUUGUAUGAAAAAAUGAGCUACUUAACAGCUAUCCGAACUUGAUUUAUGAUAAUCUCCAAGUCAGGCUGGGACAAAUUACACAAAAGUUUAUGAAGCUAUUAAGAAAGAUAAGAGAGCUUCUUGAUGAUUGCAGUGCAGAUGCGAACAACGGCAACUCAAAUAGAAAUAAUGACGAAUUUGAAAUAUUAAAAUUCCCACCGGCAAUCAAAAUUGAUGCUAAGAAGUUUCAAGAGCUGUUCCAUAAGGACCCACCAGUGAAUUUUAUCGAGAAUAUAGUUUUGAUAAAAGAAAAAGCUCAUCAUAUAUAUACCGUGAAAUGCUUCUACAUUUUUAAUGAAAUUAGAAAGGUUUUUAUUGGGAUAGGGGAUUAUAAAAGAGUAUGUGAGGAAAUUAAUGCCCAAGGUAUUGGAGAAUUUUAUAAUAAACUCUAUUUCAUUCAGCUAAAAUUGUGCGUCUUAAAUGAUUUUGCAAGAGAAGAAGGCCCUGCUAAAAUGCCAUUACAAUUCGGAGAAGAAUACAGCGAAAGAUGCUUCGCAGCGAUAGACCCAGGGAUUUUUGCAUUAUCAAUGAAAGAUUUUCAGGAAUUAUAA